AUGUACUCGGUGCAGGUGCCGCCCCGAAAGCGCCGGAAGACACAGCUCGCAUGCAACCCGUGUCGGGCUCGAAAGUCCGGCUGCGACGGGACGCGUCCGGUGUGCACGGCGUGCCAGAAAAAGGGGAUGCAGCAGCAGUGCACCUAUCAGGAGUCGGUGCUGCACGCAUCUUCGAGGCCGACAAUCUCAGAAAUACAAAAGAGGUUGGAGAGACUUGAGGGAUCGCCUCUUCCCCAGACAUCUGUACCUCCGAGUGGCAGUGCGCCUUUGCCGGAUUCCGGAGCUUCCGGAGUUUCCGGAAUCGCUCCGGCUCGGUCAAUUGGUAUCGGAGUUGAGACUGGUCUUGGCGACACAGGCCCGGGACUCCGGCCAAGGGUUGUUGAAGGCAUGCCGGCAAGCCAUCAUCAACGGAAUGGAUCGACGUCCCACAACGAGGAUGAGACCAUCUACGGCCCCUCUUCAAACAUAUCAUUUCUCCGACAAGUCACUCUUGCCGCGGAUGCGCAGAAGCCAGAUGACUCGGGCCCAAACGGUCCCGGAAACGAGACCGAGAGCACGCCUAACGUCCUUGGCUUCUCUACAGUCCAACCAAAGAGCCCGGACCCCCUCCCUGAGCCGGUGAUGCUGCCCGAAAGAUGGCUCGCAGACAGCUUGAUGGAGUCCUUCUGGGAGUUCGUGCACCCGGUCUUCCCAAUUCUGCACAAGCCGUCCUUCAUUGCAUCAUACGAAGCCCUUUGGAAGCCAACAAAAGAUCGAAACCAUAAGCGGGGUUUCAAAGAUGUUGUGUUCCACUCGACUCUAAGCAUUGUGCUUGCGCUGGGAUCGCAACGAACCGAUCAGGUGUCAGCAGCAGAGCAGGCGAACCUCGCUGACAAGUUCUACAAGCAGUCUGUGAAGCUCGUAUCGGUAGACACCCUCGACCACUCUUCAUUGCAAGUCGUUCAGUUGCUGCUUCUGAGAGGCGUCUACCUGCACUAUACAUCGCUUACUGCAACUACAUUCGGGCGAUCCGUCUUAUUGUCGAGACAGUAUUCGACACCGGCUCCAGCCAUAAUUGAUGACGAGUACUUAUCAGACACUACCGAAGGCACCCAAGUAGCAGGAAGACCGUCGUAUCUGGCUUGCUUCGUGCACUCUCUAGCCCUAUUCGACGUUCUGAAAGAAAUUCUAGCCAAAUUUUACGGCGAAGGGGACUGUUCUUCAGACCUGAAGUCGCGAUCUCUCAGCGACGUACUUCAGCUCUCGGCAAAGCUAGACGAGUUGAACGACGCGUUUCCAGUCUAUCUCAGAGAAGGUGCGAGCCUGCCCCAGUAUGAUGAGAGUCUCAAAGGAAGCUUGCAGAUGCAGGCGAAUAUCCUGAAGUCAAGAGUCCUUUGGAUUAGACUUCUGCUCCUGCGCCCUUUGCUCUUAGUAGAAGCCAAGCAGACCGCCCAGUCCAGGAGAGAUCUGCCCAAUUCAUCAGCGCUGAGCGAGAGCUUUGGCCAUGCUGCAAACACCCUCUGUGUCUCUACAGCCCAUGGCGUCCUCCAAGAAAUGUACGAAAAGCUGGGUAGUGUGCGCCAAAAUUCAGCAUGGCACGUAUUGCUAUUCACCUUCGCUGCAGCAUCCACUUUGGUUGUAGCCACUUUAUGCCCUGAUCUUAAUAUCAGCUUUGACACCGAACCGACAAAGACAUCGUGGGAUCGCGCGCUUCGGAUAUUCGAUUUUCACAAGAAACAUGUGACGUCAGCUACAAGGGGCAUUGAGGUUCUGCAACGCUUCCAGAACUCGGUUGCUGCUGUGUCAAGACAGGAUGCACCAGCGGGUUCAAAUGCGACUGUUUCUCAGACUUCCCAACCUGAGGGGCUUCAAGAGCAGACCCAGGGUGACUUACAGCUGCCUUUCAGCUCCAUGCCUGGCAUGAGUCAAACACCAAUGGCUCAGGACUUUGGCGACUUCCUCAGUUCGGACCUCCUCAAUGAGAGUUGGUUCAAUAUGCAGGGCAUAGAUUUUGGCAACUGGUCAAGCUUCUAA